AUGUGGACAAAUUUACCGUUCAUCCGUAGAAAACGUAAAUUCUAUCAGAACGUAGGAACUGGGACUGAUAAGAAGAAAGUAAUCUGUGAAGCCUGUGGUCAAAGUUACACCCAACAGAGUCUGUUGAUCCACAUGAGAAUUCAUACAGGUGAGAAGCCAUACUCCUGUGAAACAUGUGGCAAAAGUUUCAGUCAGCGUAGUUAUUUGUUGAUCCACAUGAGAACUCACACAGGUGAGAAGCCAUAUUCUUGUGAAACAUGCGGGAAAAGUUUCAGUCAUCGUCAAACUUUUUUAAACCACAUGAGAAUUCACACAGGUGAGAAGCCAUAUUCUUGUGAAACAUGCGGGAAAGGUUUCAGUCGACAAAGUACUUUGUUGAUCCACAUGAGAAUUCACACAGGUGAGAAGCCACAUUCUUGUGAAACAUGCGGGAAAGGUUUCAGUCGACGUAGUACUUUGUUGAACCACAUGAGAACUCACACAGGUGAGAAGCCACAUUCUUGUGAAACAUGCGGGAAAAGUUUCAUUCAAUAUGAUACUUUGUUGAGCCACAUGAGAAUUCACACAGGUGAGAAGCCACAUUCUUGUGAAACAUGCGGGAAAAGUUUCAGUCAUCGUCAAACUUUUUUAAACCACAUGAGAACUCACACAGGUGAGAAGCCACAUUCUUGUGAAAAAUGCGGGAAAAGUUUCAGUCAUCGUCAAACUUUUUUAAACCACAUGAGAACUCACACAGGUGAGAAGCCACAUUCUUGUGAAACAUGCGGGAAAAGUUUCAGUCAACGUAGUACUUUGUUGAGACACAUGAGAACUCACACAGGUGAGAAGCCGUAUUCCUGUGGAACAUGUGGGAGAAGUUUCAGUCAGCGUAAGUCAUUGCUGAACCACAUGGAAGCUCACAGAGAGAUGAAGUGA